GUGCUGCAGAUCGCAAUUUCUACCUACGGACGUCCAUUAACCUAAGCUAAUACGACAACAUGACCAAGUUGCCUGUCGAGCUCUUCGCGACCUUUGGCGUCGGUCUGGGCGUGGGUCUUCUCUUGCACAAGUAUGCCUUGGCAGCAAGCUCCAAAGAUGCCAUAACAUCGACCAAAGGCCUGUCCAUCGAGGACCAACAGGACGAAGUGCGCCGCCUCGUUCGCCCAAACAUCCUUAAACUGACACCGUACCGGUGUGCUCGCGACGAUUACAGUGAAGGUACACUGCUAGACGCAAACGAGAACAGCCUUGGACCUCCAUUACACGACGACCAUCUCUUGCGGGACGAAGGACUCGAGCGAUAUCCGUGCCCAUACCAAAUCGAUCUUAAGACCGCCGUGGCCAACUUGCGCCAACGCGACAGCAGUCCUCCUUUGGAAGACAAGCACGUGUUUCUUGGCGUCGGUAGCGACGAAGUGAUCGAUCUCAUGAUCCGCAUUGCAUGCAUCCCUCGCGUGGAUUCCAUAUUGAUCACGCCUCCGACGUAUGGCAUGUACAGAGUCUGCGCAGACAUCCACGAUGUCAACAUCAUCGAGUCUCCCCUGGUCAUUGUCCCUCCAUCGUCGUCGACGUCCUCCUCCGAAAACUCACUCGCUUCAUUCCACAUCAACCCUGCGCAUAUCUUGGCAACGGUCACUCCAUCGACCAAAGUGAUGUUCCUUUGCAGUCCUGGCAACCCCACCGCGAAUUCCUUGCGCGUGGCCGACGUCGAGACCUUGCUCUCGUCCCCCGACUACAAUGGGUUUGUGGUCGUGGACGAAGCCUACAUUGACUUUACGGGCUCAAGCGAGAGCAGCCUGGCGCCGCUCGUGACCAAGUACCGCCGACUGGUCGUGACGCAGACUCUGUCCAAGGGCUUUGGGCUGGCUGGGAUUCGCCUCGGCAUUGCGUUCGGCGACCCAGAACUGAUCCAGAUCCUCAGCAACGUCAAAGCGCCGUACAAUAUCAACAAGCUGUCGUCCAAGGUCGCAUUGGAUGCCCUCGCCAACGUCGAUCGCUUGCAUGCGAAUGUCCGCGUCAUCUUGGACGUACGUAGCUCAAUCUCCAUGGAGAUUGAGUUGCAGUGUUGAUCUAUCGUGUGUGUGUGUGUAGGAAAAGCAAAAGGUCAUUGACGCACUGCAGGCGUCGCCGUACGUCAAGGCCGUGUACGCAUCCGACUCGAACUUUGUGCUGUUUGAGUGUGCGAAUGCAUACCAAGUGUACCGAAAGAUGGCCGAGAACGGCGUCGUGAUUCGAUACCGUGGCAACCAGCACCUAUUAAACGACUGCCUUCGAGCUACGAUCGGGUCCCCCGAAGAGAACCACCGCAUGCUCACCAUGUUUGCGUCCGUGUCGGCCGAAGUCCAGCAGGCGUAGAUGGAGGUGUCAUAGGAUAGAGAUGUAUGUACGACAUGAGUGAAUGGACGCGUCGCCGCUCGUUGAGGAAGGCGUCGAGAGAUGUGAUCAACAAUAUAGAAUAUCACAGUGCUGAAAUGUCCAUAUGUACGGAUACCAACUUCCAAACAUUAUCCGGAGAAUUGUGUCUUGGCGAG